CAGCCGUAGGAUUUAGGAUGCUCCUAAGCUAGGGUUUGAGUUUAUUUGAGUGUUGCUCCGCAGCAUUUUCUCAGCUCUCUCGUCGUCGAUCUCUCUCCUUCUCAACAGCCAAAAUGGUGUUUGCGAAGGCACAAAAAUCCAACGCUUAUUUCAAGCGCUAUCAGGUUAAAUUCAAGAGAAGAAGAGAGGGGAAAACUGACUAUCGUGCCAGGAUUCGCAUGAUAAAUCAGGAUAAGAAUAAAUACAACACUCCCAAGUUCCGCUUCGUUGUGCGAUUCACCAACAAAGAUAUUAUAGCACAAAUCUGCUCGGCUAGCAUUGCUGGUGACCACGUUCUUGCUUCUGCGUAUGCACAUGAGCUACCUGGUUAUGGACUGGAAGUUGGCCUAACCAAUUAUGCUGCUGCUUACUGCGCUGGUCUUCUCUUGGGCCGCCGUGUUCUGAAAAAGCUUGAAUUGGACCAGGAGUAUGAAGGAAAUGUUGAGGCCACUGGAGAGGAUUACUCUGUUGAACCAGCUGACAGCAGGAGGCCAUUCCGUGCUCUCCUUGAUGUCGGUCUGUUGAAGACCACAACCGGAAACCGCGUUUUUGGUGCACUCAAGGGUGCUCUUGAUGCUGGAGUUGAUAUUCCCCACAGUGAGAAGAGGUUUGCUGGAUUCAGCAAGGACAGCAAACAACUUGAUGCUGAGGUGCAUCGGAAGUACAUCUAUGGUGGACAUGUUGCUGCUUACAUGAACUCUUUGAGCGAAGACGAGCCUGAGAAGUAUCAGACUCACUUUAGUGAAUACAUUAAGAGGGGAAUUGAUGCAGAUAACAUUGAGGAGUUGUACAAGAAGGUCCAUGCUGCCAUUCGUGCUAAUCCUAUUCAAAAGAAGGUUGAGAAACCGGCACCAAAGGAGCACAAGAGAUUCAACCUUAAGAAACUGACUUACGAGGAGAGGAAGGCCAAGUUGAUUGAGAGGUUGAAUGCUCUGAAUGCUGCAGCUGGUAACGAUGAUGAUGAUGAGGAUGAAGAGGAUGACGAGUGAAGGACGUGAUCUGAAGCCCCUUUUUGUCAAUUUUGGUUGUUUUUUUGGUGAUAAUGGCAUGGCCUUUGUUGGCAUUUUAGGGUAUUGUCAUUUUUGUUAUCUUUGGCACAUUAGGUUGUGGACACCUAAAUUUUCUAUUCACAAUUUAAACUUAAAUCUUGAGGUGAA